UCGCACAAGCCGAAGCCGAAGCCCAAGCAGCGGAAGCCCUCUCACCAUUACGCCCUCGACACUCACAAGCUCGACUACGCCCUCGACACUCGCAUCUCUCCCACGCAACACCUCACCCAACCAUGCAACGCAUCGACCCCCGCCCAGAUCCGCCCGUCGACGGCACCCAGCAACAACAACCCCAACAACAAACCAACCCUCACAAAACCUCCUGGACGCUCCCGACCGGUUUCGCCAGCACGGGCCGCGAAUCUCACACCCAAUCCUUUGAGGAAAUCUACGGCGCUCCGGAGAACUUUCUUGAGAUUGAAGUCACCGACCCCCAAACCCACCAACCCACCUCCUCCCCCUCUUCCCGCUACACCACCUACCUCAUCCGCCUGUCGACCAACAUUCCCGCUUUCAAACUCCGCCGCUCCGAAGUCCGACGUCGAUAUUCCGAUUUCGAAGUCUUCAGGGAUUUACUGGAGAGGGAAUCCGCGAGGGUGAGUAUACCCGCUCUACCCGGCAAGGUGUAUCUGAAUCGCUUUGAUGAUGCGGUGAUUGAGGAGAGGAGGAAGGGGUUGGAGAGGUUUUUGAAGAUUGUGGUGGGGCAUCCGUUGUUGCAGACGGGGAGUCGGGUGCUGGGGGGGUUUGUGCAGGAUCCGGGGUGGGAGAGGGAUGCUUGGUGA